UGUCGUUGUCGGCAUUUUCGAUCUUGCAACGUAAACAGAAGUCGAGUGCCGAGUGAUAUUUUUUGGAACGGUUUUGAGGUUUUGGAGACGAUUUUUACCUGGGUUUUGUCAGUGUUGGAGGUCCUGGGGGACGUGAGACAUGAAGAGGCCGAGGGAAGACGCGGAGGAUGAUGAGGGGGACGGGAAGAAUCCUAUUGUGUUCCUCGACAUCGGUGUUGAUGGGGAGACUGUGGGACGAGUCAUUAUCGAAUUAUUUAAAGACGUAGUUCCCCGGACAGCUGAGAAUUUCCGAGCCCUCUGCACCGGGGAAAAGGGAAUAGGGACUCAUGGAAAAAAACUACAUUACAAGGGAACCAUCUUCCACAAAAUUGUCCCCCAGUUCAUGAUUCAGGGAGGUGACAUAAUAAAUUUCGAUGGCUCCGGUGGUGAGAGCAUCUACGGAGGAUACUUCGAGGAUGAAAGUUUCGAGACAUCUCACUCUGUGAAAGGUCUUCUCAGUACAGUGAACGAGGGAAAACCAGACACCAAUAAUUCUCAGUUCAUUAUCACAACAGAGCCGAGCUCCCACCUGGAUGGGACAAAUGUUGUGUUUGGGAAGGUCAUAAGGGGAAUGGGAGUUGUCCAGGAGUUGAACGACACCCUUGAAAUUAUUAAAGAUAAACCUGUCCAGAAAGUGGAGAUCAUGGAUUGUGGAGAAUUGAGAAGAGGAGAGAAUUGGGGUAUCUGUGAGAAUGAUCAGACUGCAGAUAUUUAUCCUCUAUAUCCAGAAGACUGGGAUUAUGCACUCGAAACAGACGAAGAAAAAAUCGAUUACAAGCACGUGAUGGAGUCUAUACAGCACAUAAAACUCUCAGGGAAUUCCUAUUUCAAAGAAAAAAACUACAAAAAGGCUAGAGCGAAGUAUAAAAAAUCCUUACGUUACUACGACUGGCUGAAAAAAAACCACACUAUUCCUGAGGAUGGCAGUGAGCCUCUUCACAAUCUCUGGGUCUCAAUCCUCCUGAACUUGUCGGCUACAGAAAUAAAAUUACAACAAUAUAAGGAAGCUUUGAAGCUGUCCAAUGUUGUCCUGGAUGUUGAGCCAAGCAAUAGUAAAGCUCUGUUUCGUCGAAGCCAAUCGCACAUGGGCCUCAACGAAUACGAGCUUAGCCUUGCCGAUCUUCAAUCAGCAAAUACGUUCACUCCCAAUAAUCCAGAGAUCCUUCGAGAGCUGGAGAAAGUGAAAAAAACAAUAGACUCCUAUCUGGCUGUUGAGAAAAGCACCUUCAAACGUAUGUUUCAGAUAUGAGUAAUUGCGUCAAUGACAAGUGCAAAAGUGUCCGAGAACUGACCAAAUAAUUUCCCUCCAGAUGAAUUCUCCGGGAAAAUCAUACAAAGAAUAUUUUUUAGAUAAUGCUACGAUAAAUAAGAUAUGGAACUGUUACUGAUUGUGUAUUCUGUAGUUCAUUGGUGGAGUGGGAAACGUUACAAAGUGACAAUUUUAUUACUUUUAUAGUCAUCGAAUUAUUUUAAUAUUUGUAAUUAGUAGAGAGAGAGAAUGUGAGAAAUGUUUUUUCGUAAAUGAUGAUACAUAUUUUCGUUUCAAUGGAAUUAUCCCCUGGUAACCCUCCACUUCAUCCUUGAAUUAUUUACCCCCCUCAUUCCUGAAGUCAAUCAACUGCCGUGUCUGUUAAUUACUGCCUUUGAACUUGUCGAAUGAGUGAAAAAAUUGUAAACUGGAAAUUUAUAUGUAAAUGAUAAUGAAUAAACAGGUGAAAGGAAUUCAAAUA